CUCGCCACCAGCGACAUCGUCUUCAUCGGUGUUCAUAACUUCGUGCGGUUCGUGAUUUUCAACGUCUCGAGUUAUCGAUGUCGCGGCGACGAUGGCGUGGUGAGACAUAUAAAUUAUUUAAGCUAUUUAACAUUUUGCAAAGUUUUUAUUGCUAAAAAUUAUAAAUUUUUUUGCAAAUCUGUACGUUGGUUAAACCCGUUAACGAUACGCGUGCGUGUGCUGACAGACAAACGAAAAUGUGUAAGGUAUUCUGGUGAAAAAAAUUCUAAUUGCAAAAAAAAACGUACGAAAGAAAAAUUUGCUAUUGCCAUUAGCAUUGAGUGAGGUGGACAGUGCAGUGCAAUACAACGCCACAGAAAAGUAUAAAAAAAUAGAUUCAGUCGUCACAAGCACAACCAGCUGCAGUGGCGUGGCAUCAUAUAUUAACCACCCAAAAGCUGGUGAUAAUAGUUGAUUAUAUGAAAUUAAAAAAAGCGUUUAUUAGGAACAACGAACAAAAGCAUUGGUUUUAAGUGCAGAGGACGAAAGUGAGGAUAGAACAAACAACAAAAAAGGUGAAUAAGCAAUGCAACAGUGCAGUUUCUCAAAUGCAACUGUGGUGCUUCUAUGUGUGUGUACGCGCGCGAGAAUGUCAAACAAUUGCAGUUUGCUUAAGUGAAUUAAAUAAAAUGAAAAACGAAGCUUAGGCUGCCGCUAACACCACAGGCCACCGUGGUGAGACAAGCUGGCGCUGAUACAAUCCGGCUAAGUUAACUGAAGACGGGCAGUGCUGGUAUAGAAAUGUGGAUGUGAAAAUAAUUUUAAAUCAAGUUAUUUAAAAGUGAAAAAUGAAGAUGUGUUAAGGAAUCACGAUAUGAGGGCUCGAUACAGCUCAUUACAUUGAGUACCGGUUAUGAAAUUCACUCGUAAAAACAUCUCAACGAGUAAUCAUGAUAACAAAUUUGUGCAGUGAAAAGAACCUACUCAUUUACUUAAAAAACGUGCGAAAUUUUAAAGGUGUUAAUUUAAAUUCUCAUUUAUAAUUGCACAAGAAAAUACACUCUAAUUAAAAUUAAAAACCAACAAAGCGAAUAAUAUAAUCAAGACGGUGUCAACGAAAUGCUCCAACGGCUAUGAUUGCCACACUUUUCAUCUUCUUUGCAUUUAUACGUGCGUUCCCUUGGCGGAGACGACGGCCACGUCCAAUAACACUCCCACCAUCAAGUCUACCACAGCCACCAUCCGCCCCACAAACAACAACAGGUCAAACACAAUCCCACCCAUCACCAACAAAGAUUGUUACAACAGCACCCAACGAAUACAGUGCAAAACCGCCAUUAACAACGCUCACAAACGGCAGCGCAGUGGCGAGUGAGCAACACGGCAUCGCACUCAGCAGCAACACUUAUGAUGACGCAAAAACGGUAGCAACUUUUGAUGAAUUAGAUAAAACUCCGCGACGUUCUUCGGUGCAGCAAAUGCGUCGAAAAUCCUCAAAAUCAAUAAAAUAUCAUGAAGUUACUUUCAGUGGUAGUGUUGGGGGCGGUGAAAGUGAUGAUAACGAAAACGCAACACCACAGAAGAUACGCAGUUCCCAACAUAAACCGAAUACUCAGCAGCAUCCCCACCAACGACAGCGACAAACACAAUUGUUGCAACAUCAACAAACGCUAAGCACUUAUUCGCGUCCCACCUCACCGGAUAGUCACAGUUCUGCGUCGCAUUAUCGCUCGUUCAGCAGCGGUCACAGUGAGCGCACAGCAAACUCCACCGAUUACGAAACUGCCAGCAGUGAGUUUUAUAAUAGCGCUAAGACGCGAACUGACGUAGCGCUAGAGAGUGAUGGUGAUGGGGGCGACAAUACUAUAAGUGUCAGUGGUGUCAUUAAUACGAACGGUCAACUACACCGGCGACGUUUUCCACCGCAACGCGCCGCAACUGUUGCCACUGAUACGCUAGGCACUGACGACGAGGGCACUGCUACUGAUGCUCACUAUGAGGAUGCUGAAGAGGCGGCGGAUGAUGAUCAUGAUCCAGAUUCAUAUGAUCGUGAAACAGAGGAGUUCUAUAGCAACAUACAGGAUGCUGUUGGCCCACCGGGUACGCGCAGUAAACGAUCAUCGCUUUUCUCUCGCUCUGAUUCCUCGGCUACUACGACUUCGUCCAGUGGUGGUGGUACCUUUACAGGCGGUAAGCGGCGAUCUACCGCUUCGAUCUUAUCGUCUUCAAUGUGCUCUGACGUGAUACCAAUCGAUCGUCGAAGUUCAACGGCUACCGAGUAUAGUAUACGAUCAGCGUCGGGACAGCGGCGCUCGAGUGGCCGCAUACGUCGUUACGUAUCACGAAUGACGAUCGCCGGCGCGCGACGUCGCACCACCGGCAGCUUCGAUGUAGAAAAUGGCCAAGGCGCUAGAUCUCCGCUUGAAGGCGGCUCACCAAGUGCUGGUUUGGUACUACAAAAUCUUCCACAACGUCGCGAAUCGUUCUUAUAUCGUUCGGAUUCGGACUUUGAAAUGUCCCCGAAGUCGAUGUCUAGAAACUCAAGCAUAGCAAGCGAAAGGUUUAAAGAACAGGAGGCCUCUAUCCUGAUUGACCGAUCCCAUGGCGAAGAUCUAAUUGUCACACCAUUUGCCCAAAUUUUGGCCAGCUUGCGUUCAGUGCGCAAUAACCUUUUAAGUCUGACAAAUGUGCAAGCAUCUAAUAAAUCCAGGCGCCCAACACAAUCUUCCAGCGUGGGACGUGGUGCCACAGCCGGCGUUCAAUUGGUUCAAGGAGAUGAAUCCUAUAAUCGCUUGGCCACAGACACAAUUGAGGAGUUGGACUGGUGUUUGGAUCAGCUGGAAACUAUACAGACUCAUCGCAGUGUAUCGGACAUGGCAUCACUUAAGUUCAAACGUAUGCUCAAUAAAGAAUUAUCACACUUCAGCGAGUCGAGCAGAUCUGGCAAUCAAAUAUCAGAAUAUAUUUGUUCCACAUUUUUGGACAAACAACAAGAAUUGGACUUGCCAUCGAUGCGCGGCGAAGACAAUACGGAACAACAUAGCAUGCUGUCCCAGCAUCAGCGUUGCCGCUCACCUCGUGGUCCCCCCAUGUCUCAGAUAUCCGGUGUAAAACGUCCAUUAUCCCACACGAACUCUUUCACCGGCGAACGUCUACCCACAUUCGGUGUGGAAACAGUUCACGAGAAUGCGCUUGGCACGCUGCUCGCCGAUGUCGAUACGUGGGGCAUUGACAUUUUCAAACUUGGCGAUCUAAGUGCCAAUCGUCCGCUCACUUGUGUGGCAUAUACCAUAUUUCAGAGUAGAGAACUACUGACCAGUCUUAUGAUACCACCGAAAACUUUUAUUAAUUUUAUGACUACUCUGGAGGAUCAUUAUGUUAAAGACAAUCCGUUUCAUAAUUCACUACACGCGGCCGAUGUUACACAAAGUACAAAUGUACUGCUCAAUACACCAGCGCUGGAAGGCGUAUUUACAUCAUUGGAAGUUGGUGGAGCAUUGUUUGCUGCAUGUAUACACGAUGUUGAUCAUCCUGGUUUAACAAAUCAAUUUUUAGUUAAUUCAAGUUCCGAAUUAGCCUUAAUGUAUAAUGACGAAUCUGUUUUGGAAAAUCAUCAUUUAGCAGUUGCCUUUAAAUUAUUACAAAAUCAAGGAUGUGAUAUAUUCUGUAAUAUGCAAAAGAAACAACGCCAAACAUUAAGGAAGAUGGUUAUCGAUAUUGUUCUAUCAACGGACAUGUCUAAGCACAUGAGUCUGUUGGCCGAUUUAAAGACUAUGGUAGAGACUAAAAAGGUUGCCGGUUCCGGUGUGCUAUUGCUGGACAACUACACCGAUCGCAUACAGGUGCUCGAGAAUCUGGUGCAUUGUGCCGAUUUGAGUAAUCCAACCAAACCGUUGCCAUUGUACAAACGCUGGGUUAGCCUACUCAUGGAAGAGUUCUUUUUGCAGGGCGAUAAAGAACGUGAAUCGGGCAUGGACAUUAGUCCCAUGUGCGAUCGUCAUAAUGCCACAAUCGAAAAAUCGCAGGUCGGAUUUAUCGAUUAUAUUGUGCAUCCACUAUGGGAGACAUGGGCCGAUCUGGUACAUCCAGACGCACAGGAAAUACUUGAUACGCUUGAAGAGAAUAGAGACUAUUAUCAGAGCAUGAUACCACCAUCACCACCCCCAUCGGCGGCCGACGAUCAACCCUCCGACGAAAAGAUUCGAUUUCAAGUAACACUUGAAGAGUCCGAUCAAGAGAAUUUAGCCGAACUGGAAGAGUGUGAGGAGAAUGAGCAUAGCAAAACGGAGGCAACCGCGACGACGGCGACGAGUGAGAAUAAACCGUCGGGGAAUGAAAAUCAAAGUCAUCACAGUGGAAUGUGACGGAGAGUAGCAGGAUUAUGUAAGAAAAUCACCGAAAAGGCGCAAAAUUUUUUGCUAAUACGUUAGAAACAACUGCAAGCAGCUAGUGAAAUAAACAACAACAAAAAUGCCAAAAAAUACAAAAAAAAACACAAAACUUUCAAUUUACAAAACUGCAAUUUUUUGCAACAAAAAAAAAACACAAUUAAAACACAUGAAGCAAAAACAAAAAAAAAAUAAAAAACACAAAAGAAAAGAGUUAAAGGAUGAUGGACAAGAUAUUUAAGGAAGUCAUAAUGGAUGAAAAACAAACAUAAAAUAUAUACAUAUGGAAAUUUCAUAGUAGCAUAACCAAGACAAAGGAGAUGAAGAAGAAAAAUAAAAGCAAAGGCAUGCAAUUAAAGUUAAAUAACAUGAAGAA